AUAGUUGUUCUUUUCUUUGGAAUGGAGAUCUCAUAUUCCUGCAUUGCUUGUGUAUUUUGAUUUUGAUUUGGUAUAUGGUUGCCUUACAGUGAAGGUUUUGUUAUUAAAAUACGUUUAUGUAUACACACAUAAAUAUUAUAUAUUAUAUAAAGAUGUAUAUAUGUGUGUACGAUCGUGGUAAACAGUCAUCAGUCUUUGGGCUUAUGAGAAAUGGAGAAUAUUAAUGUAGUGGUUGAGAAGAUUGUUGUUGUUCUGGUUUGUGUAUAUUUGUCACGGAGUAUCAUUAGAUACUUGCUGAGCUUCUUGAAUGUAGAAAAGGAGCCAAUCACAGUACUUAUCACUGGUGCUGCAGGGCAAAUAGGCUAUGCUCUUGUUCCGAUGGUUGCUAGAGGUGUUAUGCUAGGUCCAGAUCAGCCUGUGAUUCUACACAUGCUUGAUAUUGGACCAGCAGCUGAGUCCUUGAAUGGGGUAAAGAUGGAAUUGAUCGAUGCUGCCUUUCCUCUUCUUAGAGGCGUUGUUGCCACCACGGAUGUUGCUGAAGCUUGUAAAGGUGUCAACAUUGCUGUCAUGGUCGGUGGAUUCCCGCGGAAGGAAGGAAUGGAAAGGAAGGAUGUGAUGUCCAAAAAUGUUUCAAUUUACAAGGCCCAAGCCUCGGCCUUAGAGCAGCAUGCUGCUCCAGAUUGCAAGGUGUUGGUGGUUGCUAACCCAGCGAACACCAAUGCACUCAUCUUGAAAGAAUUUGCCCCUUCAAUCCCGGAGAAAAACAUCACAUGCCUCACAAGGCUUGAUCAUAACAGAGCCCUGGGCCAAAUCUCAGAAAAGGUAAACGCCCAUGUUGGUGAUGUGAAGAAUGUUAUCAUAUGGGGCAAUCACUCUUCAACUCAAUAUCCUGAUGUCAAUCACGCAACCGUGGGAGAGAAAUCUGUCAGAGAACUCGUUGGCAAUGAUAAUUGGUUGAAUACCGAAUUCAUCACCACCGUGCAGCAGCGUGGUGCAGCUAUCAUCAAAGCUCGAAAGCUCUCUAGUGCACUAUCUGCUGCAAGUUCUGCUUGUGAUCACAUACGCGAUUGGGUUCUUGGCACUCCCAAGGGAACAUGGGUGUCAAUGGGAGUGUAUUCUGACGGAUCUUAUGGAAUCCAACCCGGUCUUGUUUACUCUUUCCCUGUUACUUGUGAGAAAGGAGAAUGGUCAAUCAUGCAAGGGCUCAAGAUCGACGAAUUUUCUAGAGGGAAGAUGGAUGCCACUGCGAAAGAACUGAUUGAGGAGAAAUCAUUGGCAUAUUCAUGCCUCAAUUGAUGAUGAGAUGUGCUUUGGUAUUUCUUUCGGAGAAAAAUAAAAGAGGGAUUUCAUUGACCCAAAGAGAUACAGUGAUGGAAUUUUUAGUUGCCUUGAUAGUUUGAUUAUGUUGUUAAUAAGCCUCCAUUUGUUGUUGCAGUGCUCUGAUUAGAGUUUCUAAUCAACAUAUAUCUCUAGCAUAUUGAAUAGGAGAUCAAUUUCAUGCUUGACUCAAGGAUUGUUUUGUGGUGACUUGUUCUCUUAUUUUAGAUCAUUUGAUAUUUAUUUUC